AUGGCUUUCUGGAUUCUUGCACUCGCUGCCUUGGCAGGUUCUGUAGCCUCGCAGCCUAACAGGAUUGUGGGAGGUGAUCCAACCACUAUCGAACAAUACCCUUCAAUAGUCCAAGUAGAAUUCCAAGGAAUUUGGUCUGGUGUUUGGUCUCAAUCCUGCGGUGCUAACAUUAUUACCACUAGAACCGUAAUCUCCGCUGCCCAUUGCUUUGAAGGACGAAACUACUCACCACAAUUGCGUCGUAUCAGAGCCGGUGCUACCUAUAGGAACAACGGUGGACAAGUCAGCUAUGUUGUUGUUGCUUAUAAUCACCCCAGCUAUAACGUUGCGAUAAGUUACGAUGGUGAUAUAACUGUGGUCAGGCUAGUACAAGCGCUGGUCUAUAAUCCUGCUGUUGCAAAAACCUCAAUCCCCGCUCAGGGUUCCGUCAUCCCAGCUGACCUGCCAGUAGUCCACGCUGGUUGGGGAACCACCUCAUCAGGUGGUCAACUAUCAUCAGUUCUUCGAGACGUCACCAUUUACACAGUCAACAACACAUUGUGUGCUGAAAUCUACGCCAACCGUCCCAGGCCAUUGAAGGUUACUGAAAAUAUGAUCUGCGCUGGAAUCCUCGGCGUCGGUGGUAAAGAUGCCUGCCAGGGUGACUCUGGAGGUCCCCUGUAUUAUGGUAAUAUCACCAUUGGUGUUGUCUCAUGGGGAGCUGGAUGUGCCAUGGCUCAAUUCCCAGGUGUCAGCACAGCGAUCGCUCCAUACACCAACUGGAUCAUCGAAAAUUCCAUUUAA